AUGGAUAAGCACGAACUGCGUUGGGGUAGGGCGUAUAGCCGUCGGGAGGAAGAGCGAGAGCGUCGUGAACCGUCCCGAGAACGUGGGCGAUCCUGGGAGCGGUCGCCGCGCCGCCCCGCUUUCCGCGCGGAUCGGGUUCCGGCUGUGAGUGACGGUCGAGCGAUGGAUGCACGCGCGAGCGGCGGAGGCCGCGUCGAUCGGACAGAUCGAGAGGCGUGGCCGCGAGAGAAUGUACGCGGAACGGGCGCGGAGGGCGGGAGUCACCGCGGCACCGGGACGUUCCACUCGCCGGAAGAGCGCGGACGGCGCCGCGAUGAGCGAGGGCGGUGGCUGGGCUUUGCAGAACGAUCCCGCGGACGAGAGCGGGAUGGCGGGAUCGACGCGCACGGAAUGGACUCGGGGCGCAAUGUGCCACGGGAACGGACGCCGGAGCGAGACGCGGAGGACGCGGAGGACGCGGUAGACGCGGAGGACGCGGAGGACGCGGAGGAGGAACCAGAGGGGUCGCACGAGGAGGCGGAUGUGGAAGGGGCGGAUGUGGCGCAGCCAGGGGGAACCGGCGAAGCGGAAGCCACGCCGGCGGAGGGUCAAGCGGAGACGAGUGAGGCGGCAGCUGCAAGGUCGGAGGCCCUGCUGUCGGGAGCUCGCGAGCGAGAGGGUCCCCACGGGGGGGGCCGGCACGCGGCGGACUCCAGACUACGGAAGCGAGGGACACCGGGAAGAACCGAACGAGCGGGGCAGGCGCCGAGCCCGCGCCGCAAGGGGAAGGCGGAGAGGUCACGCUCGCCGGAGAGAGAGCGGCGCCGCGAGGAGUUGCGCGUGGGCGAGUUCCGCCCGCACGGCGAGCGCCAGGAACAAGGGGAGUGGAGCGGCGGCGCCGCGCAGUCGGCGGGACGAUGGCAGCCGCGGGGUGACAGGAGGCAGGCAGCGGAACCUGCGUUGCUGAAGCGGCACGGUCAGCAACAAGGGGGGCGCAGCAGCACCAGGCGCUCGCCAGGAGGGAUGGGGCAGAGGGGGCGGAGAGACAGUAGUUGGUCCCGCUCGCCUGCUGGACGUCACGCGCGGAGGGAGAAGCACGACGGGGAGCAGCGAUCACCGGAACGGCGCCAGCCGCGCACUUGGCAGGAACACCUGGACACGUGGUCCCCAUCAGCAGAGAGGCGGCCGCGGCACGAGGCGGGCAGGUGGGAGGAGCGGGAGGCGCGCAUGCCGCCGGCGCCGCAGUGGGGACGGACAGAAGGGCGGGGAGGAUCGUGGGAGAGGCGGAACGAGUCCGGAGGGAGCCGCCAAGAGGGCAGGACCGGGGGCGGAACCUUGGCGCAGGGAGCAGAGCGGGCACGUGAGGCCAGAGAGGGCAUGCAGAGGGCACGGGAGAGGGGACCAGAGGAGAGGCGGACAGAAGGGGCCAGGGAAUCAUGGGGAGAAGGGCGGGGGGGUGGCACCGGUACCCCGCGAGUGGAAGUGCCCGCCAGAUUCUCAGGCGACCAACGAGCAGGGCCGACCCUCAAGAACUACCUCAUGCAGGUGGGGAAUGUGCGGUACCGCUGCGACCGGCAUCUUAUGGACCCAGUGGACUUCUUCUUGAGCCUGCCGAACACCUUGGAGGGAGAGGCCGAGACGCUCUACCGCAUGAGGAUGGAGGAGCUGCUGUGGAGGGCGGGGAGGUACGGCGAGGAUCCCACCGAGGCCUUUUUGGAGCGGUUGCAGCGGCAAUUCCCAGGGCACACGGCAGAGCGCAUACGGGAGUUCCAGGAAUUCAGCAGGGGUAGGACUGAGUCACUGCUGACCUACUACAACAGGCUGCUCAAUGUGGCGGAGGACGUGAGGUGCACGGACGGCAGUCUUCUCAUCAGCAAGUUCCUAGGGGGCCUGGACGAGGCCCUGGGAGGGGGGCUGAGGAUGAGAGUGUACGAGCUGGGAGCAGACGCAAGCCUAGAGGAGGUGUUCGCUCUGGCAGAGAGAGUGGAGCUGGCACAGCGGAAGUUUGAGGCGUAUCUCCCCAGGCCAGCGGAGAGGAGCAGGCGGCCCACAUGGGCGGCGGCAAUGAUACCCGGAGGGGGAGGGAGGACAGAGGGACGGGGGGAGACAGGGACAGACACCAGGACAUGCCACAGGUUGCAGGCACAGCUAAGGGCGACCGGGCUGAAGGGGGAGGCGGAGGCAGGGAUGUACGCAGGGGACUGGGGAGGAGAGGAGGUGGAGCAGGAUGUGCAGUGCGCUCUCAUGGCGUGGAGGGGGAGGGAAGAGAUGGGGUUGAGAAGCGGAGGCAGAGAUGGCAGGCGGGAGCAGGGGAGGAAGGAACAGGUGAAGGGAGGGAAGCCAGCCGAACCAGCCCUAGAGCCGGCCCCCGCGCGCCAUCCUCAAGAGAGGCUGGCGUGCCAGACCUCGGUGCUGCUGGUAGAGAAGGGAGCCAUGGAGGUGGAGGGAGAGAAGGUGAGGACAGCCAUCAUAGACACGGGGGCACAGAGCGUGAUGCUAGGCAAGGGGAUGGCUGAGAGGCUGGGAUUGCUGGCGCCAGAGAGGCAAGUGGCGAAGGGGAUGCUAGUGAUGACAGCGGAGGGAGGGGAGCCGAAGUGGAUGCCGUGUACGCGGACGCCCAUAGAAGUGACGCUGAUGCCGGGGGGGGAACACGAGACUAAGAUCCGCAUGAAGUGUGGGAUUUCCGAGUCGGAGGACUUUGACGUGUUAGUGGGCACCGAGCUGGUGUAUGCGGUGGGGAUGACCAUAUGCACGUGGACGGAGAAGGUCGAGUUCAGGACCAGGUACUGGAAAAGGGAAGGGCCGCUUGGAGAGCUGCCAGUGCGAUUUGUGAAGGUGGAGCCGAAGAGAGCUUAUCAGGCCGUGGGGGAACGGCUGCAGGGGGAGCAGGGGGGGCUGUCAGGGAUGGGAAGGGCGCCCAAGAUGAGGGGGAUGGACAAGCCACGGGAGCAGAGUGACUGGCAGCAGCCCAUCCACCUGGUGGAGCUGUUUGGGGGGAUAGGGGCAGGGCUGUCCGCAGUGGUGAGGAAUGGGAUAGCAGUGAAGAGGUGGACAUAUGUGGAGAAGGACCCCGGGGUGAGGAGGAUGGCGGAGCACCAUGCCAGGAAGUUGCAAGAGGAGUUUCCGGAGCUGCUGGGUGAGGAAGUGAUCAGCAGGGCGAUGGGGGGGAUGGUCCAUGACGUGACGGAGAUAGGUGAGGCAGAGGUGGCGAGCUGGGGGCAGGUGGAUCUGCUGGUGGCAGGGUGGGAAUGCCAAGGGGUGUCUUGGGCAGGCAAGGGCAGGGGAGGAGAUGAUGACAGGACAGGGUUGCUGGAGGACCUGUUCCGAAUUAUGGGGUGGCUGCAGGAGAGGCAGGGCAGGGUGGCGUACUUGCUGGAAAACCUAGACCUGGAGGGAGAUAGCAGGGAGCCAAUCCGGUUGGUGAGGGACAGAAUCCGGGGGCAGCUGGGGGAAGUGGUGAGCUGUGAUGCGGCCAAGAUGGGAUCCUAUGCGCAUAGGCUCAGGAUGUACUGGCAGAAUGUGGUACCUGCCGCGCAGCUGCAAGCAGAGAUAAAGGGGGUGAGGCGAGCGGCAGAAAGGAGGGUGCAAGAUAUACUAGCACCAGGGCGGACACCAGCACCGGUGUGUCGCAAGAGCUACAGCAGGCACGAGCAGUGCAACCAGGUGGGGCAGGAGAGGCGGGCUCUGCCCACGCUGGUGGCAUAUGUGGGGGCAGCAGGGUACAAGUGGGAGGCGGGGAAGCCUGGGCCAGGGAUGGUAUAUGACCACAAGAGGGGAAGAUGGGAGGAGCCCACGGCACUGGAGCGGGAGCUAGCUAUGGGGUACGGGGAAGACGCAACAGCAGCGCCUGGGGCAAGUGAAGCAGACAGGAGGAGGGCCCUGGGGAAUGCCAUGGAUGGCCACGUGAUGAGGUGGCUGAUCCAGCGAAUGUGGCGGGAGACGGUUGUGAGCUGGGGGCAGGCGGAAGAAAGGGGAGGGGUUGAGGCGGAGCCACAGGGUGCAUGGAGCUGCAAGGAAAAGGAGGAGGAGAGCUGGGUGGUGGGAGAAGCAAUGAGCAAAGAGGGGAGGGAGGGGAUGCAGGAGCUGCUCGCCAGGAACAGGAAGUGUUUUGCUUUCACCAUGCAGGAACUGGGGAGGUGCAAGGUGAAGGAGAUGGAGCUGAAGCUGAGCAGCACUGAGCCAGUAUUCCAGCGCAGGAGGAAGAUGCCGCCGGGAGAUGAGGAGAUCUGCAAGGAAAAGAUCAAGGAGCUGCUGGAAGCGGGGCUGAUCAGGAGAUCGGAGUCCGAAUAUGCUACGCCGACAGUGGUGGCAGCCAGGAGGGAUCUGACAGGGGAGGUGCUGAGCAGGAGGAUGUGUGGAGACUACAGGGCACUCAACAAAAUCACCGUAGCAGACAGGUACCCGAUGCCGAUGGCGGAGGAGAUCUUUGACAAAUUGGCAGAGGGGGUGCUCUUCACGACGCUGGACCUGCGGCAGGGGUUCAACCAGAUCAAGAUCCGGGAGGAGGACGUCAGGAAGACAGCCUUUCAUGGGCCAGACGGGCUGUACGAGUGGUUGUACAUGCCGUUUGGACUUCGGAACGCAUCAGCAGUGUUCCAGAGGGUCAUGGACAGUGUGCUGAGGGGAGUGGAGUGCGCGGCCUGCUACAUUGAUGAUGUGGUGAUUUUCAGCACCACAGAGCAGCAGCACCUAGAGGAUGUGGAGCGGACCCUGGCGGCGAUUGAAGCGGCGGGACUCACUUGCCACCCGAAGAAGUGCAAGUGGGGGGAACAGACAGUGCAGUAUCUGGGGUACGAGGUGAAAGGGGGACAGAUAGGGAUCCAACAGGCCAAGGUGGAAGUCCUAGACAGGCUGCGGGAGCCAAGGGACAAGUCAAGGCUGAGAGCGGUGCUGGGCUUCUUGAGCUACUACAGGCGCUUUGUGCCCAACUUCAGCAAGAGAGCAGCGGUGUUGAAUGGGCUGCUGCGAGAGGACAAGGCGUGGGAGUGGGGAGAGGCGCAGAAAGGGGCACUGCAGGACCUGAUGGCAGCAGUGAAGACCGCCACAGUACUCAAGCUGACCGCCGCUGACCAGCCGUUCACACUCUACACCGACUGGAGCAGCCAAGGAAUGGGGGGGAUCCUCUGCCAGGAGGUGGAAGGAGAGGAGAAGGUAGUGGCAUACGCGAGCAGAAGCUGCAACUCGGCCGAGGCACAGUACAGCUCCUACAUAGGAGAAGGGUUGGCAGCCGUAUGGGCAGUGGGACAUUUCAGGGUGUACCUGCAGGGGAGGGAGUUCACCUUAGUGACAGACCACCAGCCCCUGACAUGGCUGAUGUCAACCCCGGGGCUAACGGGCAGGAAUGCAAGAUGGGCGAUGAAACUGCAGGAGUAUGACUUCAAGAUCAGGCACAGGCCAGGAAAGACCCUGCAGCACGUUGAUGGCCUCUCUCGGAACCCCCCACCGCUCGAGCCCACUGUGACCUUGACGAUGCUGGCCAGGUUGGUGGAGCAGAACGGGGCCAAGGAGGGGAAGGGGCCAGCAGAUAUCUGGGAGGACGGACCGGCCAUGCGGUGGGUGAAGGGAGAGACGGGAGAGGACGAAGCACUGCCCGCACGAGUGAGGGCAAGGGGCCAGCACUACAGGUGGUACCAGCAGCAGCUGCAGGUGCAGACAGAGGACGGAUGGAAGCUGGUGCCGGCCCUGAGCGAGAGAGAAGCGGUGAUUAAGGAGGUCCACAACAAGCUGGGGCACUUUGGGCACGAGAGGACGGUGCAGCUGUUGAAGACCGGCUGGUGGUGGGAGGGGAUGCGGAGGCAAGUGAAGGAGUGGGUGGAGGGCUGUGAGGCAUGCCAGAGGAGCCGAGCCAACCUCUCCCAAGCCAAGGCGGAGCUGCAGUCGCUGCCCAUCAGAGGACUAGGCUUCCGAUGGUCCUUAGAUCUCGCGGGGGAGCUGCCACUGAGCCGGGGAGGGAAGCAGUACAUAGUGCUCAUGGUUGAGCAUGUGAGCAAGUGGCUAGAGGUGAGAGCGAUCCCGAGUAAAAGCUCAAGACAUGUGGCAGCAGCGUUCAAAGAACAGGUGGUGUGCAGGUUUGGGGCAUGUGCGGAGGUCCUCAUAGACCAAGGGACAGAGUUCCAGGGGGAGUUUAAGAAACUGCUGGAGGAGACAGGGAUCACGCACAGGCGCACAUCGCGGUACCACCCACAGAGCGACGGGCUGACUGAGCGACUGGUGCAGACACUGAAGCGGGGGCUGCGGGCGUACGGGGAGAAGAGGAAGCGGGACUGGGACGAGGAGCUACAUUGGAUAGCGGCGGGGUAUCGGUUCGGGAAGCAAGCGGCGCUGAGAGAUCACUCCCCUUAUAGUCUCCUAUACGGGUGUGAGCCGCUGCUGCCAGUGGGAGCAGCACGUGUCCUCACAGAUACGGUGACUGCAGGGACGAUAGGGAACUGGGUGGCGCUGUCCGAGGCCAGGGCGAGAUACCUCCGAGUGAUGAUGCCAGCGGCCUUAGAGAAUCUUCACACCGCUCAGCUGCGGGAUGCUCGGAGAUAUGAACAGAGGCAGCAGCAAGGGGCGGGGGGCAGACCCAGGAAGGGGGUGAGCACGGGACAGGAAGUGUACCUGAAGCGGGCAAAGCAAGACACGCUGGAUGUUGGAGUGGGCGCGGAGAGGUGGAGGGUGAAGGAGGUCCGUCCCUCGGGGGUGUUGGUUCUGGAAAACGAUACAGGGACACUCCUGAAGGAGCACCAGAGCAACACGGCCGUGGUAAGGGGGAGCAAGCCUCACACAGGGGGUCCUGUGACUCGGGCCCAGGCAGCUAGAGCACGAGCACAGGAGAGGGCAGUGGGUGAGUGA